CCAAGGAUGGUCACUUGUCACGUGACCAAAACAGUACCUCGCAGCAGUCGCAGAAGGAAGUGACAUUAGCGGCUAACGAAAAUCGACCUUUCACUAAAGACCUCACCAUAAUACGUCCCUGCCAACCACCCAGAUUGAUAAAAGGUAGCCCAACGUUAGGCUAUGCCACAGAAAGAUCCGUGUCAAAAACAAGCAUGUGCUAUUCAGACGUGUUUGCAAGCUAACAAAUACAAAGAGAGCAUGUGUGAGGACGUGAUCAGGGAGAUGCGGCGGUGCUGUGAGACGCAGGCUGGAAAGUCCAUCUGCUGCUCCGGAUUCAAGGACUCAAAGCCCACCAAGAGCACAAGUAACACUUAGCUCCGUGUGGGAUCCUUUUGAUGGACAUUUUGAUAGAAACACUGUGGCAAUGUUUUAUUGACUGUGUAAUAUUCUGUGCAUAUUGCAGUGGACUGAGUUUGUUACAUAAUUUGGAAGAAUAUCCGCACAAAUGAAAUAGGCUGUAAAUUAUCUUUAUUAUCUGAGUUUCAAUAGGUCUUUAUCAGAGCAGACAUUUUGAGACGUCAUUGCAGAAAGGCACAUAAGUAUCAUGAGCCCUGGAGCUGACACACCUUCUCCAGUGUUAACUAUAUUUUUAAUUACUCCAGGGUUUGACAACUCAAAAUGUCACUCUGGUCACAUCAUAAAGUUGAAUAAGCUGUCAGAUGUAGUAUUUAUUAAAGUUCGAAUGAAUUAUUUUCUAAGGCGUUUCACAUUAUUGUAUCCACACCCUGUUAACAAGUAUGAGACACAAGUUUGUGCAUGUCAGCACUGAGCAGUUAUACUGCAUAUGUGACUUGUUAAAGGCCCUGCACACCUCAGGUGAUUUAAAUGUGUUUUGGCUGAUCAGACUCAUACACAGUUUAUACUCAGGACUGUGUAUGUGUGUACAAACUGUGCUUGAGUGACAUUUCCCUGACUGAGCCCGGUUUGUAUCACUGUUUGCUGAAUUUGUUGUCAUUAGAUAAACUGGUACAGUACA